AUGGCCUACGCGCGGCGCUCGGCGAAGCGCGGGUGUGGAUGGCCUUGGUGGGCCUUGGCCUCUGUGGCAGUGCUGUGCAUGGCGGCGAUCUCCAUCCGGAUGCUUAGCAUCGCGGGCUUCUUCGACCAGCGCCCGCUGACUUCGAUCCGCAUCCGAGCUCCCCUGCGCGAGGAGCUCCCAAAGCUGACUCCCGACACCAGCCAUGCAGUGGCACCGGCUAAAGUGCUGCCGGUUGUGGAGGUGGUGGAGCUGUCUGAAAGCAAACCUGCCUGGAGCGAUGUGGCUGGAAACCUCGCGCCCGCCUCGGUGGUAACACGAAAGGCGCCAGGAGAGGACUGGCUCAAGGACCGGUGGCAAGCAGCGAAGAACAUGCAGGGAGUACCCAUUGCAGGCGAGCACUGGCUUUGCAUUGACCUUGAGCGCGAGACGUCGCAGCUGAGCAUCGUGGAGUUGGACUUCGAAGCCGCGCAUGCAAAAGCCUACGUCCUGGAGACGGCGAGCAGCAGCAGGGGGCCUUGGGAGGCUCUGGUCGAG